AUGUCGGAUGCUGAAGGACCUUCUUCGCCACCAGCUACAAAGAACGCGACAAAACCGCGGAAGCGUUUUGUCGGUAGCAAGAACGCAACUCCUUCCAAGCUUGGAUACACUCCUACUGUCGCAAACCAGAUCCCACCAGAUAUCUUGAACGAUGCACAACUGAACGCGGCGAUCAAGAAACUGCCUUCGAACUACUCAUUUGAGAUUCACAAAACCAUACAUCAUGUCCGCAAGAAUAAGGCGAAAGUGGUUGCGCUGCAGAUGCCCGAAGGUCUUCAAAUGUUUGCAUGCACCAUCGCAGAUAUCAUCGAGCGAUUCACAAGCGCUUUGACUGUGAUCAUGGGAGACGUGACGUAUGGUGCUUGUUGCAUCGACGACUAUACCGCCGUCGCUCUCGGCUGUGACAUGCUUGUACACUAUGGUCAUAGUUGCCUCGUCCCUAUCGACCAAACCAACAUCAAAACGCUAUACGUCUUUGUGGAAAUCUCAAUAGAUGCCUCGCAUCUCGUACAGACCAUUCGCUUGAACUUCCCCAACGAGCGCCAACGAUUUCACCAAUCAUUACUCGACUCCGAAGAGCAAUAUGCAAGGCUACCUGCUGGACAGCAAUUUGUUUCUGGAGGCCAUUUGCGAAUAGAAGCACCUACACCUACAGAAGACUCUGCCGCGGAAUCUGGUGGUGCCGUCCCUGAAUUCAAACAUGAAGCUGCUCCGCAUGAGUUGACACGGCUGGCCUUGGUCUCCACGAUCCAGUUCGUCUCUGCGCUGUCGCACCUGAAAGACGAGCUGUCGAUGGAAUGCCUGGAUGUUGACAUCCCGAAUCUGCCUGCCGGUCUCAUCGAAGGUCCUCUAGACGGAUCUAACGACUCCGGUCAGGUCUUAGGCAAGCCCCGCCUAUGGACGGGUAAAUACGACGUCUCAAUACCUCGGUCGAAGCCACUAUCUCCCGGUGAGAUACUCGGAUGCACCGCUCCUCAGUUGAACGACGUUGAUGCACUUCUAUAUCUCGGCGAUGGACGGUUUCACCUCGAAUCAAUCAUGAUCGCGAACCCAACGGUCCCGGCGUUCCGCUACGACCCCUAUUCCAAAAAGUUCACUCGCGAGCGUUACGACCACGUCGAGAUGCGCACCGUCCGCGACGAGGCCGUCCAAAUCGCCCGGCGCAGCAUCGCCGCUUACCCCCACUCUCAGGCCCCGCCUGAGUCCCACCUACCCUCCCCUCCCCUCACGCCCGAGCCAACCGCCGCCUCUCGCUCACGCUCGCCAACGCCGUAUCCCUCCGACGGUACCCCGAUGUGGGGCGUCAUCCUCGGCACACUCGGCCGCCAGGGCAGCUUCAAGCAGCUCCGGGCGAUCACGCAGCAGCUCGCGGGCGCGCCCACGCCCAUCCCAUACAUGCCGAUCCUUCUCUCCGAACUGUCCCCGGCGAAGCUUGCACUCUUCAGCCAGCAUAUCGCCGCGUUCGUGCAGACGUCAUGUCCGCGCCUGUCAAUCGACUGGGGCUACGCGUUCGAGCGGCCGCUUCUGAACCCCUACGAGACCGCUGUCGCGGUGGGCAAGGCUGUCGGGUGGAUGGCGGCCGGGGAGGGCGACGCGAUGGAGAGGGCAAAGAGGGGCGGGACGUACCUGAUGGAUUUCUAUUCAGCAGGCAGUCCGUGGGCCGUCGCGAGAACGAAGGCGACGUAUCAAGAUUGA